AGACUGAAUAAGACGGAAGUGGGACUCGAAGCCGCGCAUCUUCAGAAACGAGCCGCUACUCAGCAAGUGGCAAUUUGCGUAGCGCGACACCGCGAUGAUGAUGAUCAUCAUCAUCAUGUGCACAUGAUUAGCAGAGAAAAAGAGCAGCGUCGCGACGCAGCCGGAUCUCCGGGGCUCUGGGGCUCCUCGCCAUCCGCCGUCGCUCCGCGACCGUCCCGGCGUCCGCCUCCGAGGAGACAAGUGAAGGGAGGCGCGCGACACGACAGGAGAGACGCGCGACAGGCGCGCUCACCUGCCCGUCGCCGAACUGCCUCCAUCCGGCCGCGAGGGCUCGUCCGCGGUCCAAUGAUCGGGCAGGUCGAGGAUGCUGGGAUGCUGCGAUCGGUGAGCAGGGGGCGGCCGGCAGGGAUGCGGGAUGCGCGAUGCGCGCGGGAUGCGGGAUGCGGGAUCACGCGCGACUCUGGAACGGCGAUCGCGGGGCGGAAUUAGGAUCAUGGAGGAGGCCCAGGCCUCUUCGCGUCCCAAGGGCUACAACGCACUAAUCCAUUCCUCCGAGAAGCGAGACAACUGAGGAGACGCUCGUUUCGGAGAUGUACGGGAGCACGAGAGCUGUGGCCAAUGUUGAGGGGAGCCCUUCACGGUCCCCCCGCUUGCCCAGGUCGCCCCGUCUGGGCCACCGAAGGGCUGCCAGCAGCGGGGGAGGCGGCAAGACGUUGUCUAUGGAGAACAUCCAGUCCCUGAAUGCCGCCUACGCCACCUCUGGACCCAUGUACCUGAGCGACCACGAGGGCAUCGGGUCCACCACGUACCCCAAGGCCGUGGUGACGGUGGGCCGGGCCGCCAGCCGCGCCCUGCACGGGGGUCGCGUCACCGCUAUGGGCAGCAGCCCCAACAUCGCAACCCUGGGGCUGCCGCACGCUGACCUCUUGUCCUACGGUGACCUGGGGUCACUCUCCAUGCUUCAACAGCACCAGCAGGGGGUGCCCUCGGGGCUGCGGCACACCCGCGACACCACCAUGCUGGACCUGCAGCUGCAGCUGAGGGACCUGCAGAGGGACAACGAGCUGCUGCGCCGCGAACUGGAUGCGAAGGAGGGCAAAAUGGGCUCUUCGGCUGCUGGAGCACGCAGCUUCUGGAGCCCGGAGCUCAAGAGGGAGCGAGGCGUGCGCAAGGAGGAGGUGGCCCGGACCUCCCUGCUAAGGGAGCAGAUGAGGGUGGCUCAUGAGGAGAACCAGCAUCUCCAGAUGACCAUACAAGCCUUGCAGGACGAGCUACGCACCCAGCGAGACCUGAACCUGCUGCUCCAGCAGGAGAGCGUCGGUCGCGGGGUCGAGCAUGCCACCAUCGAGCUCAACGAAGACAACUUCCGCCGCCUGCAAGCAGAGCACGAGCGGCAAGCCAAAGAGCUUUUCCUCCUGAGGAAGACGCUUGAGGAGAUGGAGCUGCGCAUCGAGACGCAGAAGCAGACGCUGGGGGCACGCGAUGAGUCCAUCAAGAAGCUGCUGGAGAUGCUGCAAAGCAAGGGGCUGGGAUGCGACAGCGAACGCUCCCGCCGCCUGGCCGACGCCGACUCGCAGCUCAGCCACCUCGAAGUGAUCCUGGACCAGAGGGAGAAGGAGAACCUGCAGCUUCGAGAGGAGCUCCACCGGCGAAACCAGCUCCAUCAGGAUCCGGCCAAGACCAAAGCCCUGCAGACUGUCCUGGAGAUGAAGGAUACUAAAAUUGCGUCCCUGGAGAGGAAUAUUCGGGACCUGGAGGAUGAGAUCCAGAUGCUGAAGGCAAACGGCUUGUUGAACACAGAGGACCGCGAAGAGGAGAUCAAACAGAUGGAGGUCUACAAGAACCAUUCCAAGUUCAUGAAAAGCAAGAUCGAUCAGCUGAAGCUGGAGGUGUCAAAGAAGGAGUCCGAGCUUCUGGCCUUACAAACAAAGCUUGAGACCGUGAACAAUCAAAAUUCCGACUGCAAGCAACACAUCGAGGUGCUAAAAGAGUCUCUCACUGCCAAAGAACAGCGAGCAGCUAUUCUUCAGACGGAGGUGGACGCCUUGAGGCUGCGCUUAGAGGAAAAAGAGUCCUUCCUGAACAAGAAGACCAAGCAGCUUCAGGACCUCACUGAGGAAAAGGGCACAUUGGCUGGAGAGAUCAGGGACAUGAAGGACAUGCUUGAAGUGAAGGAGCGGAAGAUCAACGUCCUUCAGAAGAAGAUCGAGAAUCUCCAAGAGCAACUUCGAGACAAGGACAAGCAGCUGAGUAACCUGAAAGACAGGGUGAAGUCACUGCAGACUGACUCCAGCAACACUGACACUGCGCUGGCCACCCUGGAGGAGGCGCUGGCCCAGAAGGAGCGAAUCAUUGAACGUCUGAAAGAACAAAGGGAGCGUGAGGAUCGAGAGAGACUGGAGGAGGCGGAGUCAUACAGGCAGGAAAACAAGGAGCUGAAGGAGAAGGUCAACGCUCUGCAGGUAGAGCUCACAGAAAAGGAGUCAAAUUUAAUAGACCUGAAGGAACAUGCUUCAUCCCUGGCUUCCGCUGGCCUGAAGAAGGACUCGAGACUGAAGUCCUUGGAGAUAGCCAUUGAGCAGAAGAAGGAGGAAUGCAGUAAGUUAGAGACACAGUUACAGAAGGCGCUGGAGGCGGAGCCGGGGAGGACUCACCCUGAGCUCGUGGACAAGGCCAAGCUCAUGGAAAAGGAGGUUUCCUUCUACAAGGAGGAGUCGCGCAAGGCUCAGGCUGAGGUGGAGCGCCUGCUGGAGAUCCUGCGCGAGGUGGAAACGGAGAAGACCGACAAGGACAAGAAGAUUGCUGAGCUGGAAAGCCUCGCUCCAAGACCUGCCAAGGAGCAAACGAAGAAGGGUGCCAACUUCAAGCACAACCAGCAAGGGGAGAAGAAGAGCAAUGCCCAGAUCGUACCGGAAUGUCGAAAGGACAACGUUACCGAUAACUCCCAGCAAACAAAGCUGGAAGAUCUGACGGCAGCGCUGGAGAAGACCAGGCAGGAGCUGGAUGCCACCAAGCACCGGCUGAGCUCAACUCAGCAGUCUCUGGCUGAAAAGGACAGCCACCUGAUGAGUCUCAGGCAAGAGCGCAGGAAGCAGUUGGAGGAGAUUCUAGAAAUGAAGCAGCAAGCUCUUCUGGCAGCCAUUAGUGAGAAGGAUGCCAACAUUGCACUUUUGGAGCUUUCUGCAUCCAACAAGAAGAAGACUCAAGAAGAGGUGAUGACUCUGAAAAGGGAGAAGGACAGGCUAGUGCACCAGCUCAAACAGCAGACGCAAAGUCGGAUGAAGCUAAUUGCAGACAACUAUGAUGAAGACCAUCAUCUUCCCCAGCAGCCUCACCUUCAGCCUCACCUGAACCCCAAUCCCAAUCCGCAACACCCCCAUCCACAACUUCACCCCCAUCACCCUCUCCCUCCACCCCAACAACCUUACCCUCCGCACCCACCACCUCAGCCACAGCACCUCAAUCCCCAACCUCUUCACAGCCACCCUCAGCCUCCACACCCCCACCCACAACCACAGCAUUCUGGGCCUCAGCCUCAACACCCUCCACACCCUCCACACCCUCAACACCCUCCACACCCUCAACACCCUCAGCACCCUCAACCUGCACACCCCCACCCUCAACCUCAACCUCAACAUUCCAGCCCCCAACCCCUUCAUCCCCACCCUCAGCCGCAACAUCCCUACCCCCCUCAACUUCAGCCACAACUCCCUUAUCCGCCACAACCUCAACCACAGCACCCUUAUCCCCCACAUCACCCCCAAGCCCAGUAUUCUCACCCGCCACAUUCGCAGCACCCCUCACCUCACCACCCUCAGCAUCCCCAAACUCAACCACAGCAUCCCCACCUUCACCAUUCCCAGCCUCAACACCCUCACCCAACUCAGCAUGCACCCCCCCUUCACCGUGGCCACAGCCGUGCUCCGCCCCACGCCGGCCUUCGCCCUUCUCCUGAUCAGGAUGAUGAAGAAGGAAUUUGGGCAUAACCGAUUCCAAGAAAACAAGCCUCUGGGGGCGAAGGAGGAAGACUGAGACUCGUCCCAAACCCUCAUCCUAGAGCUGAGUCAACCCACCUCCUCACACCGGAGAC